CAGACGAAAAGUUUUCAGAAAACACAGUUGUAUCCUGGCCCUCAUCUCAGGAUUCUAGAAGAUUAACUGUAAUACAAAAUGAUGAAAAAUUAAAGCAGAAUGCUACCCAGGAGAUGAUAUGACUACUGACAGCAUUGUCAAUGGAUUUCCUCCUCCUUAUGACAGCUAUGAGGAAAAAUCUCCAGCACCACAAAAUGGGAUGUGUCCAUACUACGUCAUUGAAUUCUGAAGAGGACAACACGGUAAAAACAUUGUACCUACAUCGUAAGCUAACGAGGAAGUCUCGUAAACAUGCGUCCGGCGGUCAGACGAACGGGGCUGCACUGGAACCAGAGUCCACAGUGGACGUCCAACCUAUAAACAGGAACUACUCUUGUGAUAGCGUGCUGUCUUUAAAUUUUCCUUUGAUGGAAAGGAAUUUUUCUAAAUUCCCCCGCUGGCGAGGAUACAAAAUGUGUAACGUUUGUGACAAGGACGAUGCUAUAGACAUUUCGUUGACUAUGGAAUUGGGCAAACACAAGUUGUGUAACAGAUGUAUGAUGAUCACGGAUAUUAGGAAUAUGAAGUCGUGUGCUACGUCCAAAGUCAGCGCCACAGCUUUCGCUAACCUUUUGGCUUUGACUGCAUUGGAUCUCUCUGCCCCAGCCAGUGAUGCUUUAGUCAAAAACAGGAAGAAUGCUUGGAUACAGCUUGCAGGUCACCAAGGUGCUUUUGCCCCAGCUGGUCCCAACACAAUAUGGAAGAGGAGGAUGAAUAGUAAAGACAAUACUGAAACAAAGGCAUAUGAAAUGUUAAUGAAAGACCCAGCUCAUGACAUUGUGCCAGAGUUCUUCAGGGAGGUGGAGUAUAAUGGGGAAUAUUUUAUAGAAAUAGAAGAUCUUUUACAACAUUUUAAUAAUCCUAACAUAAUGGAUAUUAAAAUUGGGAAAAGGACAUUUAUGGAGUCUGAGGUGAAAAAUCCGGUGCUUCGUAAAGAUUUGUAUGAGAAGAUGGUCAAACUCUGUCCUGAUGCUCCUACGCAAGCAGAGAAAGAACAGCAAGCCAUCACCAAGCUCAGAUAUAUGCAAUUCAGGGAAGAGGAAAGUUCCACUGCAGAUUACGGGUUCAGAAUAGAGGCUUUAAGGGUGUCAGGCGAAUCACCUACCACAAAUUUGAAGAAGGUGAAAACAGUGGCACAGGUAGAAAGUAUUCUCUCUAAUUUCAUACAGGGCCAAGAUUCUAUCAGGUGGCAGUUUCACAGUAGGCUAAAAGACAUCAAGGAGAAAUUUGAAUCAUCCACAUUUCUUAUGUCACACCAGAUUAUUGGGAGUUCUAUUUUGUUUAUGUUUGAUGAGAAGGGUAAUACUGGGGCAUGGAUGAUUGACUUUACAAAGACUUUUCCUAUUCCCCAUGGCAAGACCAUCAACCAUAGGGAUGAAUGGAUGCUGGGAAACUGUGAGGAUGGCUACCUAUUUGGUGUGGAUUCAUUAAUAAAAAUUUUUGAGAACCUUGACUGCUGUACCUCUACAAACAUUCAUGUUCCUCACCACCAGGAUGAUGGCUAACAGGGAAUCUGCUUUUCUACAAUCCACUCUGAAUCUCAUCUCACAAAAACCACACUGGGACCAUGACAUGAUCAUAGAGUUCCAAAGGAAAUGCAUGCUUGCAGUGUUCAACUAAAUGUUUUUAAUAACAUUGAUGUGAUCAACUGUAUAGGAAAUACUUUGUUAAUUAUGACAAAAAUGAUGAGGUACCAUUUCAGUGAAGUACGAUUACUCCAAACAUUGAAAUGCAAGGUGCAAAUGUAUUUUAAAUGAAUUUAACAGAUAUUUAACAAACUAUAUUAAUACUAUACAUGUAUGCUGUAAUGUAUGACUUGAAAAGUGUUCUCUGUUAAAUAGUACUGGUAUACAGGUACAUGUGUGUUGUCCAUUUAGAUUUUUCUUUGUAUUGUGAUGAGUGCUUUCAAUGCACAACAAUGCAUACUCUACAAGUGGUUAUGAAUGAUAUUAUUUACAGCAGAAUGAAUAGAAGGUACCACUAUAAACAAGGUGUGAUAUAUACUAUUGAAUGCAAAUGAUGAAAAAAUCAGGAAUUGUUCUCACUUAUAGAAAUUAAAAAUGUAUUAGCAUGAAAAUACAGUUCAUUUUAAGCUCAAUUUUGUCUCUGUUAGAAUAUUGUAUAACCAAAGUGAAGCUGUUUUAGAAUUUUAGAACUGUCAGACUGAAUAUAGUUUCAGGGUACAAAUUUUUAAAGUCCAUGUAGUUUAAUAAUUGCACAUAUAAUCAGUAAUGUAUUUUGUUGAAGUAUUUAUUUUUAAACAUUUACUUUUAAACAGUAUGUUGUAUUAUGUAUGUAUUCAGACAGUGUUUAGUGUAGGGGAGGGGAGACCACCAAAAGACAUUUGUUUUGUAAAACAUUGUUAUCUAUUACAUUGACUUUAUACUUUUUUUAUACGCCUGUCUAAGACGGGACGUAUUAUGGUAUGGCAAUUGUAUCCGUCCGUCUGUCCCGCUUCAUGUCCAGCUCAUAACUUGAAUACUAUGAGACCUAGAAUCAUCCAACUUUGUCAGCUGAUACAUCUUGUUUAGAGGGUGGGUCACACUUCAAAGUUAGGUAACUGUGACCUUCGAUUGAGACUAUAUGGCAAAAUCCUGUCUGACUCAUAACUUGACAGUUAUUUGGUCUAGAAUCAUUAAACUUGGUAAGUUAAUGCACCUUGGGUAGAGGGUGUGUCACACUCUAAAUGAAGGUCACUAAGACAUGACAAUUAAUGUGAGUAAUUAUUUUGUUUCUAAUAUUAAUGAUAUAGAUAUACAGUAUUGUACUUCAAAAUUCACAAAGACUUAACAAGCACAUCACACAACAGAUAAAGGAAUUGUACAAUGAUCAUAGCCAUGGUGUUUCAAAGAGUUCAUUUAAUUUUGAUUAGAACCAAAUUCUGUCUGUCCAAUUAAGAUUCCAUUUGUCUUUUGGGAGUAAUGAUCUAAGCCAUGGUGUUUCAGAGAGUUCAGCAGGACAUGCAAAGAUCAUUUUGAUAAGAGGCAAAUUGCAUCUGUUCAGUUGAGUGUAAGUAAGAAGGCUGUGGAAAUAAUGUAUCAUUCCUCAAGUUAUUGUAUAUGGGGCAUUUCUUUGUACAACCCAAACAUUGUUAAUAAUUAUAUCAUGUGAAAAAAAUCUAGAUACAAGUAAUAAAAUGAAACAUGUUUUGAAAUGUAGUUAUUUGAACAAUUCAAGAGAUAUAUUUACAAGUCAAUUGCUGUACCAAGAUUAACAUGAUUUUGUCCCAUGCACUCUUCUGUUUAUGAUUAAUAAACAUUUGACAGGCAGAUCAUGUGCCAUGGUGGUGCACUUCAUUUAUUAUACGCACGUCUUUAGACAUAUUAUGGUACAGCAAUGUCUGUUUGUCCUUCCGUCCGUUUGGGGUUUUUUUCUUUCGUUUCUAUGUAUUUUCAUAUCUCUGUCACACAUCAAGCUGUAACUUGCUAUAUAGCUUCUUUGUGGGUCACUCUAGAUCAUGUUGCAAUUUUGAUCUAUUCUGCCCUCUCUUGGAGGAGUUUUGUAACUUCAUUUGACAUUUUUUAGCCGAGUUGCAAUGAAGUUGAACUCGGCUAUUGGUUUGGUGAUGCGGGCGGGCAUCAACAAUUGGUUUCCGGAUGAUAACUCGAAAAGUUUACAAUCUAAUCAAAUGAAACUUUAAUAUAUUGUUUGGUACCAGGUAAGGAAGACCCCUAUUAAUUUUGGAGAAAAAUGGUCUAAGGUCAAGGUCACAGUGACUGAAAAUUUCAGAAAAAUUUGGUUUCCGGAAGAUAACUCAAAAAGUUUACAAUCUAAUCAAAUGAAAAUUUGAUAUAUUGUUGGGCCCCAGGUAAGGAAGACCCCUAUUAAUUUUGGAGAAAAAUUGUCAAAGGUCAAGGUCACGGUGACUGAAAAUAGAAUGAAAAUUUCACAAAAAAUUCAGAAAGUUUAAAUCCGAAUCAAAUGAUACUUAAAGAUAUUGUUAUGUACCAGGUAAGGAAGACCCCGAUUGAUUUUGGAGAAAAUAGAUCAAAGGUCAAGGUCACAGUGACCAAAAAUAGAUUUAAAAUAAAAAAAAAAUUGGUUUCAGGAGGAUAACUCGAAAAAAAAAUUAAUUUGAAUCAAAUGAAACAUGGAUAUUUUGUUGGAUACCAGCAAAGCAAGGCCCCUAUUAAUUUUGGAGAAAAAAGGUCAAGGUCACAGUGACCAAAAAUAGAUUGAAAACUUCAGACAAAUAUGGUUUCUGGACAGUAACUCGAAAAGUUUAACUCCAAACUCCUUUUAAAAAUGUAUUCUCAAGAAUUUUUUAUGUUAUAUCCAACAAUUAGUUCUUCACAAUUAUAAAUAUGCCACAUCAUUCCUGACUUUACAAUGUAUCCCAUGCAACUCGGCUCAUGCACCCCUGGGUGCAUAUAUUGAUUUUUUUUUGGUUAACUCCUUUCACAGUUUUCAAGUGAAGACUUUUCUUUUUAGAGUGUUUGUAUCGGUAUUAAAGAUGUGAAAGGAUUUUGAUUUCCUUCAAUUUUUGAGAAAAUUACAGGUUGUUGAACUUACUCAGUUUUGAGGAAUACAUGUACUGUAAACAUACUUUUUUUUGACAGUGUCAUAAUUCCACAAAAUAACAAUUUCUGUUCAUAGAUUUCUUGGAUUGCCAUUGUAUGUCCUAAAUGUACUUAAAGUAUGCUAGACAAAUUACUGCAGCAUAAAAUUUAUGACAGUGUACAUGCGUAAAUUAUUCUGAUGUGGAAAAAAAACUACAUCUACAUUAUUACAAAGUGAGUAUAUGGUUUGUCCAUUUAAAUUCCUUUUACAGUUUUCAAGCUAAGGCUUUUGUAAACAACUUGAAGAUGUGCUUAUUGCAAGUAUUUUGAUUCCCAACAAUUUUAUAGUUUUCUUUGAUGUUUGAAAAAGUUACAGGUUGUUGAACUAGGUCAAUUUUUAGGAAAUAUUGUACACACAGAGCUCUCGGUUUGUCUAUCUACCCCCUGUCACAGUUUUUAAGCUAGGACCUUUCAUUUCACAGCUUGAUAAUGGCUGAUACUACCCUAAGUAAAGUUCUACAACUCCUGGCAUUAUUGUCAUGUUUGCUAAUUAGUGUCAUAGAAAACAAACCCCUUAAAAUGAACACCCUACAUAAGCUUGUAACAGGCGUAUUAUGUACCGUUACAAACUCUUUCAAAUAAACACCCUACAUAAGCUUGUAACAGGCGUAUUAUGUAUCAUUACAAACUCCUUAAAAUAAACACCCUACAUAAGCUUGUAACAGGCAUAUUAUGUACCGUUACAAACUCUUUCAAAUAAACACCCUACAUAAGCUUGUAACAGGCGUAUUAUGUAUCAUUACAAACUCCUUAAAAUAAACACCCUACAUAAGCUUGUAACAGGCGUAUUAUGUACCGUUACAAACUCUUUCAAAUAAACACCUUACAUAAGCUUGUAACAGGCGUAUUAUGUACCGUUACAAACUCUUUCAAAUAAACACCCUACAUAAGCUUGUAACAGGCGUAUUAUGUAUCAUUACAAACUCCUUAAAAUAAACACCCUACAUAAGCUUGUAACAGGCGUAUUAUGUACCGUUACAAACUCCUUCAAAUAAACACCCUACAUAAGCUUGUAACAGGCGUAUUAUGUACCGUUACAAACUCCUUCAAAUAAACACCCUACAUAAGCUUGUAACAGGCGUAUCAUGUACCGUUUCUAGUAUUCUUUGUUUUCAACCGUAUGAUAUUUUGCAUUCCAAUGCUUUGUCUCGGAAUAUCUAGCCAAUAUAUUCACAGUGUUUGACAUUUGAAAUCUGCUUAAAUGAAAUAUCUAAACAAAUUGUGGUGUAUUGUAAAAACUUUGUAAAUUGUUUAGUUGUUGCCAAGCAGCAUUUUUUUAUGCAUUGAAAAAAUGUGUGCAGAAUGUUUAUUGCAAACAUUAAAUUGAAUUUAUGAUAAA